AUGAGAGAGUUAAUAAAGCUAUUCAUUUUGGCUUUUGUCGAAGCUGGAAUGGACACGACUUGGUUCCGGAAAUUCCGCUUAGCAAAAAUUUACUCAAAUGGGCCAAUUCAAGUUGCUUCAGCAAGAAUAAAUGGGUUUAUGUACAAUCGGAAUACCUUCAUGACCCUGAAAGAGUGCGUGACACAAUCAGAUGAUACCACGACGGAUCUGACGACUCUCAACAAUCGGGAUAUUUUGGAGAAAGCAAUGCUUGGCCAUAAACUGUUUGUCGACUACUCGACCAAGGAGCGUUUGCCCGAAAGAGGUUUGGAAAGCGCGGAUGUUUAUGGAGCUAAAGUUGAGGGCAAUUUCGCCAUCCUUCGAACAGAUAGAACGACAGAGGUACAUAACGACAUCCUUCGCAUUCCUCCUGCUUCUCACCUUCGAACUCGCCUCAAAAGUGGUGUUUCUUUGGACUGUAUGAUCUUCCGAAUCAGGCGGAACGACAUGUUCCCGCUGCAUCACAAGCAAACAAUUUCUCAUAUCAGCGCGGAUGGCAGCUAUUGUGAAGUAAAACCAAGCAAGGAUAUACGAGGAUUCGAAUGUGGCGAUCCUCUUUACUGUAAAUUGCCAUCAAGCGGGACUCAUCAGCUGAUUGGCCCAGGGCUGCCCUGGAUUGGCCUCUUUUCCAUCGAAGGCCGAAGCCGACGAAAUGGGCCGCACCGAGUCCAACUUAUCACCAAAUACGCCAAACCAACAACUCCGCCAUCAUUUUCAAUACCAACUCCCCAACCAACAGAAACAACGACAACAUCUUUGACAACAACGAAGACUAUCGAAAAAAUAACAGAACAUGCAUCGAACCAGCUUUAUGCAAAGCUGAUUGAAAAUGGCCCCAGUGAAACUAAAAUCCUAGCUCGAGGAAUUAUGCUUGACUCUUCCACCUUCAUCACCUUGCAAAAGUGCGUCGGAGAAAAUGUUCUCGAUAUCGAAGAACGACUGAAAUUGAGAAAUCAAUUCGACGCUGACCGGUCCUUUUUCCAUUAUUCGCCGGAUAAGAGACUCAGAACUUAUCUCUCAUCUCAAGAAAAUCUCCCAAACGGCCUGUCUAUCUUUAGAUCAGAUCUACAUUCAAUCAGGAAACAACAUAACAUGAUUUUCUUACCGACCUCCGACGAGCUCAGCAGAUUCUACGAGAGCAAGGGAAGACUCUCCUGUUUCAUCAAGACUCCACUGAAAUCGCUAGAAGAUCUCGAUCUGUCGAUGGCUUCAGCGGUAGACAUGAUAAAGUUUUUGGAGUUAGAGUACUUUCACAUUUACGUGACAAAGUCUCGAGAUGCAUUUUUGGAAGUACAGGCGGUAGGAGAAACUGAAAUGAUGGAGUUCUCUGGCACAAACUGUGGAACUCCAGUUUACUGCGCUCAUCAUGACAUCUCUUCAACUUACAAAAUCAUCGGGCUCUUGGACACAACUUCAAGCAAAAACAAAGGUCGCUACUCAAUCUUCAAAAUCACUGAUUACACUCGUCCUCAAAAAAGAACAACAACGGCAGCGGGUCUACCUCCGACUCCGAUCACAAAAGUGACAACAACGACGACAACUCAAACAACGCAAUGCAUUCACUGGGAACCACAAACUGAAAACAGUCAUAAACAACACUUUGGGAGACUUUUCUCUGGAUUUCCUGGUUCAGAGCUUUCUGCUGGCUGCAAUGGAUUUAUUCUAACUGAUGAGAUACCAGAGAUUACUGGGAUGAUUUCGAAAAAGUCCAACGCAUUCGUCACUCUUUCAUCUUGCAUCGAAAAGUCGAGUGCAAAAGACCUUCAAGAAUUAAUGGAACUUAAACAAGCAAAAAUCGACUAUUCCGAGUUCUACUCUAGCUCUAAGAAAGGCAACAUUACUUCGUUCGACGAUCGAGAUGAUGGAUUUUUUAUCAUUUGGAUGACAACGACGAAAAGUCUUCAAAAUCACUUGAUUCCAGGACAAGGCGAGAUAGAAGAUGCGAUGGAAAAACGACUUGAGGGGAUGCAAUAUUGCUUUACGAAACAAGAAGACCCGGAAUUUAGAGAAACCAACUUUUAUCAGAACGAUCAGGGCCAUCUCGCAAUUCUCAAUUUGAAAAUUUACUUUCUCGAGCUUGUAGAAAACGGGAAAGAGCUAGAAUUUUCGGCGAAAAUGCGGGAGCAACGAUUCUGGACUUUUCAAAAUUAUGAUGUCGGCAUCCCCAUUUACUGCCCGAUCGGUAAAAAUGGAAGAUAUCGAAUUCUCGGUUUACUUACGGACUACAACAUCGACAAGCCUUUCGGACCAUUCCGGCUUCGAUUGAUUAACGAAUUCGCCUCUCCGAGAGCCUCAACAACUAAGCCAGCACUAGCUCCUACUCCAGUGACGAAAGUGACAACAACGACGACUACCCAAACGACUCAAUAUACUCAUUGGGAACCGAUCAAUAAGAAUACUGAAAAGCAGCGCUUUGGUAGACUUUUCUCUGGAUUUCCUGGCUCAGAGCUUUCAGUUGGUUGUAAUGGAUUUAUUCUGUCGGAUGUGAUACCAAUUACUGGGAUGUACAAUACAAAGUCUUACGCCUUCGUCACAUUAUCGUCUUGUAUCAAAAAGUCGACUUCUCACGACCUUGAGGAGUUCAUCAAUCUCAAAUACGCUCAAAUCGACUAUUCUGAGGUCCACAAGUCAAGCUCUCAUAAAUCGAACAUGACUUGGUUCAACGAACGAGAUGAUGGAUUUUUCAUCAUUUGGAUGACACCCACUAAGAGCUGGCAGAAUAACCUGAUUCCACUUCAAGGCGAAAUCGAAAACGCGAUGGAAAAGAGACUUGAGGGAAUGCAAUUUUGCUUUACAAAACAAGAAGAUCCCGAAUUCAGGAGCGAUUUUUAUAAAAAAAAACGAAAUUUUAACAUCGACAGACCAUUUGGCCCCUUUCGUCUUCGAUUGAUCAAGGAAUUCGUCCCUCCAAGAGCAUCAACAACCAAGACAACUUCGACAGUUUCCGUUUUCAACACGCAAACAACAACGACCCUCCAAAUGUUUCAAAUCGAAGAAAAUCCUUGGGAAGGAGUCGUUUUCCAAAAACUCAAAAGCACGCUAGCACCAACCCCGUCGAUGAAGACAACGACGACGGCUGAAAAGAUCAUUUUCGAGGACGAAGUUUGCUGUUUCAAAAUGAUCAUUGAGCCCGUCGACGGCGACAAAUUCGGACAAGAGGGAGAGUAUAACUUGAAAAAGGCGGCAAUAGAAGGACAGCUUGUUUUUUACAAACCCAUUUCUCCGCCCCCAAAAAGCGCUGAUAGCGAGACAAAUUGUCCGGAAGGAAUGGCGCUGAAAAAAGAUGGAAUGACUGUAGCCUCUGUGAAAUGCGCCUCGUAUGUGCCUCCACCGACUCCGACUCCACCAGAUCCUCGAGUGUUCAUCUUCCAAACCCUGUUUGAAAAUGUGAAGCUCAAAGAGAACCCGGAAAGUUUUCUCCUCUGCAAAGUUUUCUUCCUUGUUUUCGCACUUUUUAAUUAUUUGGUUAUUACAACUUUUUUAGUUUAA